UCGACGCGGUUCGAUACUCCACUCAUGGGCUGAGGGGCAUGUCUGGUGCCUGGCAGGACUAAUUUGAUUCGCCUGCGGCUGCAUUGAGAACGAACUCUUUGACGACAACCGACACCAGUUUGUACCGGCAUCAACUCGGACUUAACACCAACUCGUUUUCAACAACGAUUCAUUAUGACACCAAAUCGAACCGAUACCAACUAGUACUGGCAACCAACUCGAACUGACACUAACUCGGACUGACAUCAACUCGGAUCGACACUAGCUCGUCUCUGACAACAAUUCGUUCUGUCUCGUUUUGGUUUAUGCUGCGGAGAGUGCACUUUUAAAGACAGACACGAACUCGAUUCUUCACACCAUUUCUCUUUCGAAUCUACUCCUCGCAUUAACUGAAAAAGAUCUUGCAAACUUAUCUCCAUUUCAAACGCUAACCAUGGGGUAUUAUGGCCACGGUUUUCGUGCGAGCUGGCUUGUUUCAUGGUUGUGUGCACACUACCACCGGCUUACGCUUUUUACCACGGUUUUCACCACUUUCCACAUCACUUUUCACCAUUUUUCCACCUUUUCCCUGGCCCUCAGUUUUCUAAGGAGCCAAACAUGGCUACCACCUUUAAAAACCUUCCCUCGCCCUCCUGCGACCGAUAGUCGCCAACUCUUUUUCAUCCAGCGAAACUCCACCAUCUCUCUCCUACCCUUCCUACCAUGAGUCUAACGAGAAUUCUCAUAGAUACAUCGGCCAUACAAAUACAGGACACAUAUUAUCAGCGUCUCUACAGUAACGCGAGAAGCAUCCAGGUGAAGUCACAAUCUCCUGUCAGUAUAACGAAUCUUUAACAGUCAGCCAGUUUGCUGGACUAUUAGCUUUCUAUUUGAACUCAAUCUUGACUCUGGAACCUUUCUUGUUGCAAGAAAAGCUCGCCUUUACCCAGAAAUUUCUGGCACCCGGUAUAUCCAUACAUACCGGCCAUGGGACGGCUUUUCAUCCAGCGGAACUUCAUCACUUCUUUCCCACCCUUCCUACCAUGAGUCUAACGAGAAUUCUCAUAGAUUCAGCGUCCGUAAGUUAUGAACGCUGUCCAUAUUACCGCUCGAGUUAUUAAGUGAUCCCCGUCUCUGAUGUGAAAUUGCAGAUACAAAUACAGGACGCAGAUUAUCAGCGUCUAUACAAUAAUGCGAGAAGCGUUCAGGUGAGGUCACAAACCUUGUCAGUGUAAGGAAUCCUAACGGUCAGCCAGUUUGAUGAAUUCUUGGCCUUCUAUUUGAACUCGCUCUUGACUCUGGAACCUUUCUUAUUGCAAGAAACACUCGCCCUUACCCAGAUAUUUCUGGCACCGGGUAUAUCCAUACAUACCAGCUGUGGGACGGCUUUUCAGUCUCAUCAAGGUGCUCCCUUUCCAAAAUGAUGACAGGUCGGUUUUGUUAACUUGAACAGCUCCUUUAGGUGAUAACGACGUGCUGCAUACAAGUGAAACUCCUGCCCACAAUGUUCGCCCCUUCGAAAUGAAUUCAUCCAGUGCUCGCCAGCCGGUGAACACACUGGGUCACGAGGUCAAUCUACCUACCAUAGAUGCCACUUCUGAGAUAGGAUCUAUGGGCGGCCUAUUCGACCGAGACUUUGAUGACGACGGACCACCGCAGACUCCUCAGCACGCCUCGACACCAGUUCCAUCAUACUAUCAAGGUGUUUUUCUUUCCGGAUAUUGGUCUUGAGAUGACCUCGCUAACUCGUACAACUUCCGCAGAUCGUAAUAACGACGGGACACUGUCUUGCGAUAUGCUCUCCGCGCAGAACAUUCCAUCCAUCGAAGCGGGCUCGAACACGGCGGUCGCAGAUCAUCACAUGGAGCAGGUCGAUCCUUACGACCAUGGGUACAGUUCUUCGUCCAUCGUCGGUGCUACACCUGACUUAGCGCAGACGAGCGAUCCCAUUGAGCAAAUUUUUGACAGCUGCCAAAAUUCACAACGUCUUGGUUGUUUCACUCCUCCGGAAUGUAUCACUGACCAAGACAGUCCCUCUUACUCCAGCUUGGCAGCGUCACCCGGGAUUGGCCGAUCACCACUUACCGUCUCCACUAGCGACUGUAACCAGUCUAGUCAUGAUACUGGGGAGUCCAUGCCUGCUGAAAGUAGUUUGGCGGGCACCGCUGGGGUAGAGUCAUAUCCUACCCCUGUAUCAAACCCCUCUCAUACUCCGAAGCCAGCAAACCGUGUACAGAAACGCAAACCUCGUAAAGCCACGAGGGAAAAGGCUAUUCGAGAAGAUAGAGACGUGUUAGCGUCAACACUCUCCACUUUGGAACGGGGUAAUCCUUCACCGUCGAACGAAAUUAACUCUCCUCAAAUGGGUCUCCUCAGAUGUCUGGUGAGUAAAGCGUGUCAAGUCACUAAUGGUGAGACGUUGCGUGAGGUCGAUAAAUUAAACGAUGGGACGUUGCGUACGAUCUAUGAAACAGGCGAUCGGAUAGUCAGGGGAACUUGUGUCAUUCUCAAUGACUGGAGUGAGUGGUUGUUACGAGAGUUUCAACCAGCAUUACUUCCUCCUUAUCACAGUCUUUCCACUGUGGAAAAAUGCGUCGCUGCGUCUCGAAUAUUGGUAGAACCCAAGGAUGGCAGCCAUGGCAAAUCCAUAGCUCGUCGUCUGGCACAAGUCCUUCUUUACACAUUCGUUGCAGUAUACGAGAAAGAAUUGAAAAAAAUGUUCCACCGAAACGGUCGCACACCCAUGGCAAUGGCCCAUGACUUCAUAAUGGAAAGGAUCGAGUGGAAUCGUAAUCGACUUGUGGACAGUAAGAAUUAUGGCAAGCGAUGGUGGAGACUAGGAAGUGGCAUUGGAAUCAUCACAAUUCUGACAUGCGCACCGGAUUCGGUGAUGGGCGACAUGGAAAACCGAACAUACACCGAUGAUUUCUUAAAGCUCUUGAUCAACUAUGUGAGAAACGCGUAUCCCAACGCUGUAGCUCACUUUCAGUCACUUGAUCCCAUUAUUCAAUCCCUUUUUGCUAAUACUUCAUUGCCCACGAAUGCUUCCGUCCGUCCAGACGGUUUGCAUUUGGAUUUUAAUACUCUUUCUGAACGGGUCCAGUGGUUCAAUACCGAGAAAGCAAUGGAAGCUGCAACGGAAAGGCUCCUGCGCGUCUUCAAGUAAGACUUAGAAGGACAGGCGUUGCAGGCAGCAGUCUGUCUCUUCAGUUUGAUAUUCCUUAGCUCCGUAUAUAGUUACUUGCUGCCUUUUUUCACUAAUAUGGCGGGAAUAAAUCUGUUACAUAUGCAUUC